CAGCCUGUCGCGAGCCCGCAAACAAUCCCCGUCCUCCGGGUCCACGGAGGAGGCGGGCUCUUGUAUUGCAACAAGUGUUUGGGGUGCCCUGCAGGCACAUAUCCCUCUGUGGAAACUUUCGGAACGCCCUUUGGAUCUUUGGAGAGGAGAGAGUCAACGCUGCUACCGACUUUCACACAUCGAGCGUCUGUGAAGGUGCGCAGCAGGAGAUAUUACAGAAACUUUGAUUUGAGAAUCCACCGACAACAGCACCCAGCAUGGAUAAUGGAUCAAUCCCAGCUCCUGACCCGGGCUGCCUGGGUCAACCUCCUCUCGCUAUCGACAUCAUCCUCAAGUUAGACAUCUUCGGCAUCAUCCUGUACUCCGUGCUCACCUUCAUGGCGGUGAUAUCCAUGCUGGUUUACAUAGAGGAGUGUGUCUACAUCUAUAAGAAAGUCCCCAACAAUAAGAAGAGUGUGAUCAUCUGGGUGAACGGGGCAGCACCGGUGAUUGGCAGCAUGUCGUGUAUGGGGAUGUGGAUUCCCAGAGCAACCAUGUUUACUGAUAUGUUCUCCGCCUGCUACUUCUCCAUUGUGGUGUUCAAGUUCCUGAUCCUGAUGGUGGAGGAGGUGGGUGGUGACGAGGCCUUCCUCAGGCGAGCAGGGAAACAUAAGCUCAGGAUCAGCACAGGGCCGUGCUGCUGCUGCUGCCCAUGUCUACCAUAUGUUGCCAUCACAAAGCGCUCUCUAUUCCUGCUCAAACUUGGCUCCUUCCAGUUUGCUCUCCUGAAGCCGGUCUUCACCAUCCUCUCUAUUGUCCUCUGGACCAACGGAACCUUUAACCUUGCUGAUUUGACCAUUACUGGGUCUGCCAUAUGGAUUAACCCCUUCGUGGGUAUCUUGACGAUCAUAGCCUUGUGGCCUGUAGCGAUCAUGUUCAUGCACCUGAGGAUUACCCUGCGCUCACUCAAGAUCAUCCCCAAGUACGCCUUGUACCAGCUUGUUCUAGUCCUGAGCCAGCUACAAACGGCAAUCAUCAACAUAUUGGCCUUAAAUGGAACCAUAGCCUGUGCUCCGCCCUUCUCUGCCCCAGCCAGAGGAUACAUGAUGAGUCAGCAGCUUUUGAUCCUGGAGAUGUUCAUCAUCACGCUGGCAACGCGUCUCCUGUACCGCCGACAGUAUGAUCCUCUGCCUGAAGAAGAGGAGCACGACGACAAUGAAAACUCUAAGAUGGCUCCUCUGCCAUGAGCUGUGUGUUAGGAGUAUAUGCGUGUGUGCCUGUGUGCGUGUGUGCCUGUUUGUGUGUGUGUGUGUGUGUGUGUGUGAGUUCGCAAGUGUCAUUUUUAUUCCCUGCAUGUAUUUGAUUAUGAGAUUAUAUAUAAAUGAAUAAAUAUGAAUUAUAUGUAAA